GGUGUUGGCUCCACGGUUGUCUUCCUGGUGGGAAACGUCGCAGGCGAGAACGGUCUUUCGUCUAUGUUCCAAAUCGGUUGCGCGUACUCGCUCGGUAUCUUGCUCGCCCUUGUGGUGUGCGCGCCCACUUCAGGGGGCCACUUCAAUCCCGCAGUGACCUUGUCCUUCGUCCUCUUCAGAGGGUUCCCCCCUCUCAAGGCGCUCCGAUACAUCGUUGCGCAGAUCUUGGGUGCAUACAUCGCCUGUCUGCUGGUCUACGUCCAAUAUGGGGAUUUCAUCCAUGAGGUCACUGAAGCUCUGAGGGCUGCCGGCAAGCUCGACGCCGUUCUGUUCACUCCUAACGGGCCCGCUGGUGCUUUUGCGCUCUAUGUGUCUCCAGGCUCCAACCUCGGUCGCGUCUUCCUCAACGAGUUUGUUGUGGACUUCCUAAUCGGCCUCGUCAUCUGGGCCUGCCUCGACCCUACCAACUUCUCUGCGUCGCCUACGACCGCACCGCUGAUUAUCGCCUUCACAUACGGCGUUAUGGUCUGGGGUUACGCGACAGAGGGAAUCGCAACGAAUACCGCGCGCGACCUCGGCGCCCGUCUCAUGGCCAUCACCAUUUGGGGCCUCGAGGCUGGAGGCGGUCCGUACGCGGCGAUCACUGCACUGACGAAUAUCCUGGCGACGAGUCUUGCAGCAGUCUUCUACGAGCUCGUGUUUGCAGACUACAGUCGUGGUGAGUACUUGCCGCACAUUAAUUGGGAGGACGUCUGUAGUCGUCGUAUGCGGGUCAUCUCUGACGUCAUGUUCAAUAUGUAG